CCCUGUGAUUGUGGAAAUCCCUCAUUUUGCCUCGCACGGCCGUGGUGACCGAGAGUUGGUGGUCCUACGUAGUGAGAAUGGAUCUGUAUGGAAGGAGCACCGCAGCCAUUACGCAGAGAGUUACUUGGACCAGGUCCUCAAUGGGAUGGAUGAAGAAUUGGAAAGUCUGGAAGAAUUGGAGAAGAAAAGGAUUUGCCGUAUCAUCACAACCGACUUCCCCUUGUACUUUGUGGUCAUGUCCCGGGUGUGCCAGAACUGUGAGUUAAUUGGCCCAGAAGGGGGCUCUCUCCAGAGUUCGUUGGUGCCCAUGGUCCAAGCCACCUUUCCUGAAACGGCAGUCACCAAGAAAGUCAAGUUGGCUCUGCAGGCUCAGCCAGUGCCUGAUGAGUUGGUGACCAAACUCCUGGGGAACCAGGCAACCUUCAGCCCAAUUGUGACGGUGGAGCCACGCCGUAGGAAAUUUCAUCGACCUAUCGGGUUGCGCAUUCCCUUGCCCCCAUCUUGGAGAGAGAGUCCCCGAGACAGUGGGGAAGGCGAUACCACCAGCCUGCGCCUCCUCUGCAGCGUUAUAGGAGGAACUGCGCCAGCACAAUGGGAGGACAUCACUGGGACCACAAAAUUACUUUACGCCGACGAGUGUGCAAAUUUCACCACCAAUGUGUCAGCCAGGUUCUGGCUGGCAGACUGCCCGCGCACAGCCGAAGCCAUCCAUUUUGCCACCCUGUUAUACAAGGAGCUCGCAGCUGUGCCCUACAUGGCUAAGUUUGUGGUGUUUGCCAAAAUGAAUGACGGGCGGGAAGGACGCUUGCGCUGCUACUGCAUGACCGAUGACAAAGUGGACAAAACGUUGGAGCAGCAUGAAAACUUCACAGAAGUAGCACGCAGCCGAGACAUUGAGGUGGCCGAGGGCAUGCCACUCCACAUGGAGCUUUCUGGGAACCUGCUGCCAAUCAAGAAGGCUGCCCAGCAACGGAGCUUCUUGUUCCAGUCAUUCCAUGAGAACCGCCUCAUCAUCCCAGUUAAGGUGAGGGACAGUAGCCGGGAAGCCAGUGGCUCUUUGUCUUUCCUUCGCAAGCCCAUGAAGUAUGAAGAGCUUCAGCACGUGCUGUGCCAUCUGAAUGUCACAAUGCCACCCUGUUCCAAGACUUCUGGCAGUGAAGAGCGAAGGAGAACACUGACGCCGCUGGCCCUGCGGGAUAGAUACAGCCUUCUCAGUGACAGCACUCUGGGAUCCCUUAACAGCACAGAGAAAGACAAGACCAACAUGAAGUUGGCGGUCAUUGCGGAACACUUGGGGCUCAGUUGGGCUGAGCUGGCUCGAGAACUUCAAUUCGGAGUGGAUGAUAUCAAUAGAAUCCGAGUUGAGAACCCCAACUCCCUUCUGGAGCAGAGCAUGGCCCUCUUAAAUCUUUGGACCAGUCGUGGUGGCCAGAGUGCCAACAUGGAGAGCCUUUACGCAGCCCUUCGCAACAUUGACCGUAGCGAGAUUAUCAACAUGCUGGAAGGUUCUGGGCGUCAGAGUCACAGCCUGAAGAGUGACAAACGCUACCGGCACAGAGACUAUUCUGGGUCACCCUCCCAGUUAAAUGGUUAUGCUUCGCUGCAGGACGAGCUGCUGUCCCCCGCCUCCAUGCACUACGCUCUGCCUUCCCCGCUGUGUGCCGACCAAUACUGGAAUGAGGUGGCCAUCCUGGAAGCCAUCCCCAUGGCUGCCAGCGAGCAGGAUGCCCUCCUGGAGAUGUCGGACAUGCAGGUAUGGUCCUCCGGGCUGACGCCCUCGCUGGUGACGGCCGAAGAUUCCUCCCUGGAGUGCAGCAAGGCUGAGGACUCGGACGCCACGAGUGAAGGGCGGUUCACGGGGCAGCUGCUGGAGGAUGUGCAUGGCCCCGCCGACCCUCUUGGUUCCAUGGACCUGGUGGAGGAAGACACAGUGGAUUCAGAUGCCAUGAAUGGCCUGAUGGACAUGUUAGAGCAGGAGGAAGGUCAGAGGCCAGCAGAGAGUCCAAGUGGGCAUCACAGAGUCGCCCACUAUUAGCCGGGUGAUAGAGAAGGGCAAGGACAGG